GGACUCCACUCCGGCUUUUCCUCCCUCCCCUCUCGCUGAGCCCUUGCGCUGAAUGAAGCCCCUGGCCCCUCAUUGCUCCCCGGUGCCCGGACCGUGCCGUGCCGCGGGGCGCUCCGCAGCCGCCUGGCCGAAGGACGGAGGGGGAGGCAGAGGGGCGCUCGCACCCCACCGUACGUCCGGGCCCGGCGGCUGCCAGCUGCCUGGGGAGAAGCAGGCGUGACCUUCCGGCCAGCUUCCCAUCCCCGCCGCCCGGGACCUGCCUCCCAGCCCGGCUCCCCCAGCUCCACCCCGGGGGUGCCGGCGGCGGAGAGGCACCGAUCGCGGGGCUACCAAGGGGGCGGAAGAGCGCGGAGCUGCGCCGCGCCCCCCUCCCGGCGCUGGGGGGACGGUGUAGGAGCCCAGCGGCUGCGAGGUCCCGGAGACGGCGACCCCCGAAGGAAGAUUGCCGAGCAACGCCCCCGAACCUCCCCCCUGCUCCGUGGAAUUGCGGGGUCCCCCCCCACCCCGCAGCAGCCCCGCGUGUGCGCGGGCAGGGCUGGCGGGGCUGAUUUCGCUUGCACGCUGGUUCUCCAGCAUGCCCGGACUGCCUGUCACGCGUGGAUCUAGCCAGAGACGCCCCCUCGCCGCGCUGGAGCGGACUGGGCGCCCGGCGGAGACUUCCUGAGAGCCGGGGGGUUUUGAGGGGGGGAUCGGGGUUAUUCGGAGGGGGGAGCCGGCUUGGACUAUUUUUCUCCCCCUUCCUCUGUUGUAUUUUUGUGGGGGGGAGGGGAUCCGUUUGGAGAAGCAUCCAGCGGGGAGGAAAACAAGCCACCCGAGGACACCCCCCCCUCCCCGCCCCUGCACACUGCAGGGCAGAGGACCCGGAGCGAUCCGCGCCAGGUUGGAGCCGACCCCCGAAUCCAGCCCGAGCUCGGCAGACGCGACCCACCGGUCUCCAUCGCUCGCUCCGAUUUCGUAACACCUUGUGGGGGGAGGGCGGGGGGGGGGGCGCGAAGGAAAGCGAAAUGUCUCGAGCCGGAGUGGAAUAGGACUAGCUGAAUGGAGCAGCCCGCUGGAAGGAGAACUGAGGCUGGAUCGCUAAAGGCUCGCUGUCUGCCGGAUCGUCCCUCCUGUGUGAUGCCGGGAGAGGCCCCGGGCUCGGGCCGCUGAGAGCCGUGCCAGGGAGUGAGCGUGCCAAUCCCCCGGCCGGCGCCAUGGCCCGUCUCGCCCACGCCCUCUGGAGCCUUUGCGUCACCGCCAUCCUCGUCACCUCAGCCACACAAGGUCUGAGCCGUGCCGGGCUGCCCUUUGGCCUGGUGCGGCGGGAACUGGCCUGCGAGGGCUACCCCAUCGAGCUGCGCUGCCCAGGCAGUGACGUCAUCAUGGUGGAGAACGCCAACUACGGGCGCACGGACGACAAGAUCUGUGACGCCGAUCCCUUCCAGAUGGAGAACGUGCAGUGCUACCUCCCUGACGCCUUCAAGAUCAUGUCCCAGAGGUGCAAUAACCGGACGCAGUGCGUGGUGGUGGCUGGAUCGGACGCCUUCCCGGACCCCUGCCCCGGAACCUACAAGUACCUGGAGGUCCAGUAUGACUGUGUCCCAUACAAAGUGGAACAAAAAGUAUUCGUUUGCCCGGGGACCCUACAGAAGGUGCUGGAGGCCACGUCCACCCACGAAUCAGAGCAUCAGUCGGGCGCCUGGUGCAAAGACCCGCUGCAAGCCGGCGACCGGAUCUACGUCAUGCCGUGGAUUCCUUACCGGACGGACACGCUGACAGAGUACGCCUCGUGGGAGGACUACGUGGGCGCCCGGCACACCACCACCUACCGGCUGCCCAACCGCGUGGACGGCACGGGCUUCGUGGUGUACGACGGGGCCGUCUUCUACAACAAGGAGCGGACCCGGAACAUCAUCAAGUACGAUCUGCGGACCCGCAUCAAAAGCGGCGAGACGGUGAUCAACACGGCCAACUACCACGACACCUCGCCCUACCGCUGGGGGGGCAAGACCGACAUCGACCUGGCCGUGGACGAGAACGGGCUGUGGGUCAUCUACGCCACCGAGGGCAACAACGGGCGCCUGGUGGUGAGCCAGCUCAACCCCUACACCCUGCGCUUCGAGGGUACCUGGGAGACGGGCUACGACAAGCGCUCGGCCUCCAACGCCUUCAUGGUGUGCGGGGUGCUGUACGUGGUGCGCUCCGUCUACGUGGACGACGACAGCGAGGCCGCCGGCAACCGUGUGGACUACGCCUUCAACACCAACCUCAACCGGGAGGAGCCCGUCUCGCUGGCCUUCCCCAACCCCUACCAGUACGUCUCCUCCGUGGACUACAACCCCCGCGACAACCAGCUCUACGUCUGGAACAACUACUUCGUGGUGCGCUACGCCCUGGAGUUUGGGCCCCCCGACCCCAGCACGGGCCCCGUCACCUCCACGCCGCUUAGCACCACCACCACCGUGCGGCCCACCACGGUCACCACCACGGCCUCGCCCGCCGCCACCACCACGGUGCGCAGGGCCCCCCUCACCACCCACCCCAUCGGCGCCAUCAACCAGAAGGGCACGGAGCUGCACCCCAUCACGGCCGCUGCCCCCAGCACCCGCAAGCCCCCCUCCUCCAACCAGCACGUCUCCCCCGAGCUCUUCUGCGAGCCCAAGGAGGUCAGAAGGGUCCAGUGGCCGGCCACGCAGCAGGGCAUGCUGGUGGAGCGGCCCUGCCCCAAGGGCACCAGAGGAAUCGCCUCCUUCCAGUGCCUGCCGGCCCUGGGGAUCUGGAACCCGCGCGGCCCCGACCUCAGCAACUGCACCAGCCCCUGGGUCAACCAGGUGGCACAGAAGAUCAAGAGCGGGGAGAACGCGGCCAACAUUGCCAGCGAGCUGGCGCGGCACACGCGGGGACCCAUCUACGCCGGCGACGUCAGCUCCUCCGUCAAGCUGAUGGAGCAGCUGCUGGACAUCCUGGACGCCCAGCUGCAGGCGCUGCGCCCCAUCGAGAGGGAGUCGGCUGGCAAGAACUACAACAAGAUGCACAAGCGAGAGCGGACCUGUAAAGACUACAUCAAGGCUGUGGUGGAGACCGUGGACAAUCUGCUGCGGCCCGAGGCGCUGGAGUCGUGGAAGGACAUGAACGCCACGGAGCAGGUGCACACGGCCACCAUGCUGCUGGACAUCCUGGAGGAGGGCGCCUUCCUGCUGGCCGACAACGUCAAGGAGCCCGCGCGCUUCGUCACCACCCGGCAGAACGUGGUGCUGGAGGUGACAGUGCUGAACACGGAGGGGCAGGUGCAGGAGCUGGUCUUCCCACAGGAGUACGCCAGCGAGAACUCCAUCCAGCUCUCGGCCAAAACCAUCAAGCAGAACAGCCGCAAUGGGGUGGUCAAGGUGGUCUUCAUCCUCUACAACAACCUGGGCUUCUUCCUCUCCACCGAGAAUGCCACGGUCAAGCUGAGCGGGGAGGCGGGCGCCCCGAGCCCCGCCCUGGUCGUCAACUCGCAGGUCAUCGCCGCCUCCAUCAACAAGGAGUCCAGCCGAGUCUUCCUCAUGGACCCCGUCAUCUUCACCCUCUCCCACCUGGAGGCGAAGAACCACUUCAACGCCAACUGCUCCUUCUGGAACUACUCGGAGCGCUCCAUGAUGGGCUACUGGUCGACACAGGGCUGCCGCCUGGUGGAGACCAACAAGACGCACACGACCUGCGCCUGCAGCCACCUCACCAACUUCGCCGUGCUCAUGGCGCACCGCGAGAUCUACCAGGGCCGUAUCAACGAACUGCUGCUGUCGGUGAUCACCUGGGUGGGCAUCGUCAUCUCGCUGGUGUGCCUGGCCAUCUGCAUCUCCACCUUCUGCUUCCUGCGCGGGCUGCAGACCGACCGCAACACCAUCCACAAGAACCUCUGCAUCAGCCUCUUCCUUGCUGAGCUCCUCUUCCUCAUCGGCAUCGACAAGACGCAGUACGAGAUCGCCUGCCCCAUCUUCGCGGGGCUGCUGCAUUACUUUUUCCUGGCAGCCUUCUCCUGGAUGUGCCUGGAGGGCGUGCACCUCUACCUCAUGCUGGUGGAGGUCUUCGAGAGCGAGUACUCCCGCAAGAAGUACUACUACCUGGGCGGCUACUGCUUCCCGGCCCUCGUGGUGGGCAUCGCCGCCGCCAUCGACUACCGCAGCUACGGCACCGACAAGGCCUGCUGGCUCCGAGUGGACAAUUACUUCAUCUGGAGCUUCAUUGGCCCCGUCUCCUUCAUCAUCGUGGUCAACCUGCUCUUCCUCAUGAUCACGCUGCACAAGAUGAGCCGCAGCACGGCCGUGCUCAAGCCCGACUCCAGCCGCCUGGACAACAUCAAGUCCUGGGCGCUGGGCGCCAUCGCUCUCCUCUUCCUCUUGGGACUCACCUGGGCCUUCGGCCUCCUCUUCAUCAACAAGGAGUCCAUCGUCAUGGCCUAUCUCUUCACCACCUUCAACGCCUUCCAGGGCAUGUUCAUCUUCGUCUUCCACUGUGCCCUGCAGAAGAAGGUGCACAGGGAGUUCAGUAAAUGCCUGCGUCACGCGUCCUGCUGCCUGCGCAGCCCCCCGGGGGCCACACUCGGCUCCCUCAAGACUUCAGCCAUUCGGAGCAACAACCGCUACUACACGGGCACGCAGAGUCGGAUCCGGAGAAUGUGGAAUGACACCGUCCGGAAACAGACGGAGUCGAGCUUCAUGGCGGGGGACAUCAACAGCACCCCCACCCUGAACCGAGGGACCAUGGGGAACCACCUGCUGACCAACCCGGUGCUGCAGACCCGGGGCGGCACCAGCCCCUAUAACACCCUCAUCGCCGAGUCCGUGGGCUUCAACCCCUCCUCGCCCCCCGUCUUCAACUCCCCAGGGAGCUUCCGAGAGUCCAAGCACCCCCUGAACAACAGCCGGGACGCCUGCGGCAUGGACACCCUGCCCCUCAACGGCAACUUCAACAACAGCUACUCCCUCCGCAGUGCUGACUUCCCGGCCGAGGGCGCCAAGAUGGCCGACUGCCGGCGCAACCUCAGCGACGCCGCCGCCUUCGAGAAGAUGAUCAUCUCGGAGCUGGUGCACAACAACCUGCGCGGGGGCGCCAGCGGCACGGCCAAGGGGGCACCCCCUCCCCGCCCCCCCCCACGCGGCGGCGGGCCCGGCGAGGAGGAGGCGGCGGCGCCCGAGGGCCCGGCCCUGAGCCACGAGGAGAACCUGGAGAUCGAACUCAUGUACAAGGCCCUGGAGGAGCCGCUGCUGCUGCAACGGGCUCAGUCGAUCCUCUACCAGAGCGACCUGGAGGAGUCCGAGAGCUGCACGGCCGACCUGACCGAGGGCGGAGACGGCCAGGCCCCCUCCCCCAACAGGGACUCCUUGUACACCAGUAUGACCAACCUGAGAGACUCCCCUUACCCGGACAGCAGCCCCGAGGCGGUGGGGGAAAUCCUCCCCCACACCCAAGCCAUCAACGAAAUCUACUACACCAACCGGCCCGCCCUGGUGCCCCGCAGCCAGCUCCAAGCCUACUACCAGGUCCGGAGACCGAGCACUGACGGCUACUUGGUUCAAGCCGGCUUAGAGGGCCCAGUGCCGGAGGGAGACGGUCAAAUGCAGCUGGUCACCAGUCUCUGAAAGCCAGGAGCGGACUGAGGAGCCGUCCCGAGCCGCCGACUCUCCCCCCGCCUCAUCCCACCUUUGCCAAAAGGAGCCCCUCCCCCCGGGCCGUGGCCUGGCGUUUUUAAUUUUUGCCCUGGGAUGCUGAGAGAGAGACGGGUGGGCGCUGCAGAAGGACACAGGCCAGGGGAAGGAGGAGAGGUGGCGUGAAUCUCCUCUGGGAAGGGGGGCCGUCUUGUCUAGCGUCCUCCUGCCCACCUGGCGGAGAGGGGAGGGUGGAAAUCGGGGGUUGCUGCUUUUGUUUUUGAAGGAAAGGAAGGAGGAGGGGCGGGAAGGAAGGAAUGAAAAAGGCACCGGGCCGGACGACAGGAUGUCACUUUUUCGUUUUUUAAGGUCGUCCCUCUUCCGUUUCUUUACGUUGGUUUUGUGGGGAGAGAAGAUCAAAAAGAAGUGGAGCAGGGAAACCAAUUUUCUUUUUAAGGCGUGUUAAGAAACGGAUCAGAACCAUGGGGGAGGGGCCGGCUGGGCCUGUAUCAGAGCCCGAGAACAACCCCCCCCACGCACACCGGCACCCAUGUAUAGGCCAUCCCUGCUCCCCCACGUAUGCACCUUGGCGAUGUCAAACAGGGAUCCGAUUGGUCCGGAGAGAGAGAGGCGGAUGGAGCAUCCUCCUAUGGCCUCCACUGUCUUCUAUACGAACUUUGCCAAAAAACAUAAUCUGUAUAGAUAUAUAGAGAGCUAUAAAGAGAGAGCUAUAUCGAGAGAGAGAGGUGGGGGUGGGGAUUGUUUGGGGUCUGGAUAGAAAUUAUGUUGAAUCCGGUGCUGACCUUCCAGUAUUUGUCAGCUGAGGGAAACUGAGGCACGGUGGGGAAGGGACUCUUAAAGUCACUCAUUGACAGGGUUUUGAGUUCGGUUCUUUUUUAUGCCAAGCCAUCAGCAAAGUCUGCAGGAGACCGGGAGAGAGGUGCAGUUUUUUUCUUUCAAAAGCAUCCUGGGCACCAGGAAGGGCUGAUGCACAACAUUGUUUCCAGCGGAGGAGGAGAUGGCGCUGAGGUGGCCAUCUUUGAUUUGGAUUUUUGUUUUCCUUUGCUGUGUGGCACGCACACACACACACACACGCCCUUCCCAGCUCACAAAUCAAACACACAUCACCGUCCUGCUCUGGGAGCUGGCAGAGGAGACCGUGAGCCGAGGGGUUCUUCCUGGGCCGUCAGUGUAAUUGUUCAAUCCACAUUCCCCACUCUCGCCUGCCGCUGCCCCACUUCGGUCAAGAUGCGCACGCCGUUUUCCUAUGGCUCAAUGGGAAGCUCGGAAACUCCUGCAGCUCUUGCCCCUUCUGCGUUUUCCAACUCUGCUUUUAUUUCCUCCUCUGAAGACAUGCAGAAGUCAGGUGCCUCGUGGGAGCUGCUGUCUGAACUCGGUUGGGUCAAGAUGAGGCUGGGGAGGAUUUUUUGGGGGGGGCAAUUUGACAAUUGAACCAUUUUCCCGUCCAAAUCAGUCGGAUCAUCUCUGAGCAAAAGAACAACAGAAACCCAAACGGCACUUUUUUUUUCUUUCUUUCAAAGGACAAAACAAAAAACAAAAAUUUCUCCCUUUUCAAGCACAACUCUGAAUUCUCUCGCCCUCUUCUUCCCGAGAGAGACCAUGGGAGCCAAUAUCACAUGAAUACGUCAUUUCGCCGGGGAGGGGGGGAGCUUAGGGUGGGGUGGAGGGUUAAUUCAGGGGAGGCGGGCGGGGAUACAGAUUGAAAUGCUGUAAAUAUGAAAUUUCAAACAAACAACAAAAAGGGGAAUUGAGGAAUCCCUUGAAAAAUGAAACAGGGAUUUAAAACAAAAAAAUACAACCAAUCCACCACAGUCCCAGGGAACAGUUUGUGUCCUGGAAUUAAAAUAUAUAUCUAUAUAUCUAUAGAUAUAUACUGACCUCUGCUCCAGCCCCAUUGACUGUUGGGGGGGACAGGUGAAGGGAACAAGGAGACCCCCUCCCCUUUUGACGAAGACAGGGGAAGGGAUCGCAAAAACUAAGAGCAGAUUUUUUACAAUCAAAACAAAAAAAACAACAAAAAAAUUACUGUUUUUGGCACAAUUUUUAUGUAAUAUAUACAUAUAAUGCGUCAUUUCUGUGACUUUCUCAACAUUCCCUUUUCCUGCUGGAUAAGGUACUUUUUUCAUACAUCUUGACAUGGAUCGGUCAUUUUCUCACUCACUGCCACUGUGGAAUUGUGGGUAAAAAAAAAAUUACUGUAAGACCCAAAGAUGCUGUAACUGUAGGUUA